AUGUACUGGCAAGUGAUCGAAAUCACCAGUCUUGCUGCAAUACAAACGGUGAUUGUGAAUGUGCUGCUGCUGAAUCAAUUCCCGCUCCGGCCUACUUUGCAUUGGUUCUGGCUGGGGAUUACAUUCGCAUUCACUUUCGUGCUGCUAAAACGUAGCAAAGGUGCCCGGUGUGUGUCAAUGCUGUUAGUUCCACAGUUUAUAAGCAAACGGGGUCGAGCGGCACUGAUCGGAUACAUCUUUCUGUUGACCGUUACCGGUCCUACGGCAAACACGAUGCACAAUGUGGAAGUACUGGGAGAAACGCUAAGCUGCACCCAGGAACAGCUGAAGGUAGCGAUCCUGGACACGAUCAGUGCACUGAAGGUUCCCUUUCUGGCGAUGAAGAAGAUCAUCGAUGAGCUACUGAAAACUGUCGAGCGGUCAUUUAUGAAGGUGCAAGGAACGCUGAUGGAAAUGUUAAAGUUGGUGAAAAGGAUACUUCACUCCAUGAAGAAAGCGUACAACUGGCUGGGAGACGUAGUGUCCGUGUGCAACGAUAAACUAGGCACACCUUCCGAACGUUGCCUUCAAGCGUUGGACCAAACAAUCGAUGGUUGCAAAGAGGAAAUGGGCGCUAUGGACUUUCUGUGCGAAGUCACACAGGUUGGCAAAACGGUCUGCUACGGUGCAAAGAUGGUGGACUAUUUUUGUGAGCUUAUCGACUUCAUAAGUGACGCUGUUAUAGAAGAAAUUGAGCAAGGCAUUCAAAAUUUGAUGCACAACUUGGAGGAAUUGUUCCGGGUGAAGGUGGAAUACGAUCAUACGUUUGAUUUUGCAUCCAAUGCUUCGAAAACCUUGGCAGAAGUGGGAGCAGAAAUAAGACAGGAAAUUGCGGAUCGAACUGUACCAUUGAGGAGAACAUUUAAUAUAAUGGGAUUGAUAACUAGUGGUUUUUUCAUAUGUAUCGUUUUGAGAGCUGUUCGCUAUUGGAAGAGAUAUUUGAAAAAGGAUGAUUUUGAUAACAAUUUCCUAACCGAAGAUUUCUAUGCGAUCGAAUGUCGAAGAUUGAAGCUAAGCAUGGAAACUAUCUUUCCGUUAACCCGUAAGGAAAGUCGUCGUUAUGUACCCUUAACAUCGCUUCGGCUCACAUGGAAGGAAUGGUUUCGGAUAGCGAAAUCUAUAACCUUUCUCGCAAUCUCUACCGUCCAAAUUUGUGGCCAAUUAGCGGCUGAUUACGCACUCUACUGGCUACUGACGCUGAUCAAACAUUUUAUGCACGAAGGAUCAUCGAAUAAUGCUGCUGCAGGGAACUCUUCUAAUGUCAUAACUCCGCUAGCAGUAGGAGUAAGUGGUGAAGGCAUCUUAGCUGACACGCUGCGAGACAUUGUGCGAUCGUUUGAUCCGAUCGUAAAUGGAACGGCAAUUGAUCCUUCGCAAUGUAUUCCGGAUGCUUCACCGCCACGCUUUGGACAGUAUGGCGAGAUUGGAGUGCUGCUGGUGCUUUGCUGGUGUUUUGCAUUUGUAGAACCGUAUGGAUUACGCGUUCGACAGCUAGUUAUGCAACGAUACUAUCCGGUACGAGCCCGGUCGCGCGCGCUCUGGCUUUAUAAUGAUAUUCUGCUGAAGCGAGAAAGCUUACUGAAAAUCUUAAGGAACCACAUCGUGGGAGCAGGAGAUUGCGAGCAUAGUGCCGAAGUACAUUGGCUGGAUGUUGUUCGGGCGAAAACUAAUCGUUACUGGAUCUGUCGAACGGUACUAGGCCAGGGUGGAACCGUACGAUGUAUUUUGUGUGGCGAUGUGUUACGAGAAAGAGCAGAUCUGCUGGUUAGAUGUCCGGGCGCAGAAUGUCCUGGAAUUUAUUGUCAGGAUUGUUUGAUGGAAACUGGAAACAAUUGUUCACUUUGUUUGGAUGUUCUUAUGCUGGAAGCUAGAGAAUUGGAUAAAAUAUAUAUGGUAUAG